AUGCCCGAUUCUCCUGGAUGUCCCACGCCUGGCUCCUCCUGGCAUCCUUACAUGGGGUGUUCCCAGUUCCCCCAUUCCCGCUGCCUCCAUGACCACCGUGCCCUCUCAGAGCCAGAUCCCAGAGCUCCCUGUGCCCCCGUGCCCGCUGCUCCUGCUCCUCUGCACCCAGGGCUUCCCGCCUGCCCCAUUCCCGAAGCUCCCAGGACCCCAUCCAGGUUCCUUCCAGGACCUCCGUGCCCGGCGCUCCCGACCCCUGCUCCCCACGGACUCUCAUUCUCAGUCCUCCCCUUACCCACAUGUCCUGUACUCCCGGAUCCCCCAUCCCGAGUUCCUCCUGGCAUCCUCGGCUCCCUGCUCCCCUCAUUCCCGAUGCUCCCGGGCCCCCCAUGCCCGUUUCUCCCGGUUCCCGGAUUACCCCGUCCCCAGCGCCCGCUCUCCCCGGACGCGUGUCCCGCGCCCGGCCGGUGCCAGGUGUUGCGGUCCCCGCUCCUCCUCCUCCUCCUCUCCGCCCCGUGCCGUCCCUCCUCCCCCGGGAAAGCGAAAGCGCGGAGGGCGGAAGCCGAGCCCUCCGCCAGCCCGGGCCGAACCGAGACCACCAUGGCUUCUUCCCUGGGCAACUUCUUGAGACGGAGCCUGCGGCGCGCCGGCCGCAGAGAAGGAAAAGAUGGGGCCUGUGCUGCAGACAACACCCCCCCACAGGCACCACAGGGGAAGCAGGGGGAGCGGAGCUCAGUCUUCUACUCUGCUGGACAGUUCUUCUUUGAGUACCUGGUGGUGGUGUCGCUGAAGAAGAUGCCAGAUGGACGUUAUGAGCCCAAGAUAACCUACCAAUUCCCAAAGCGUGAGAACUUGCUGAAGGGCCAGAAGGAGGAGGAGGAACGUCUCCUCCAAGCCAUCCCCCUCUUCUGCUUCCCCGACGGCAACAACUGGGCGCCCAUCACGGAGUUCACCAGCGAAACCUUUUCCUUUGUCCUGACCAACGUGGAUGGCAGCAGGAAGAUUGGCUACUGCAGGCGGCUGCUGCCAUCCGGGCGUGGUGUCCGACUCCCCGAGGUUUUCUGCAUCAUCAGCUGCCUGGGCUGCUUUGGGCUCUUCUCCAAGAUCCUGGACGAGGUGGAGAAGAGGCGCCAGAUCUCCAUGGCAGUGAUCUACCCCUUCAUGCAGGGCCUGCGGGAGUCGCCCUUCCCCGCCCCAGGGAAAACUGUCACCAUCAAAAGCUUCAUCCCCGAGUCGGGCACAGAGCUCAUCGAGCUCACGCGGCCUGUGGACGCCCACCUGGAGCACGUGGAGUUCCAGGCUCUGCUCCAGCGGCUCAGCCCUCACCUCAUCCUGCACAUCUUCGCCUCUGCCAUGCUGGAGCGACGGCUCAUCUUCCUGGCCGAGGAGCUGAGUGUCCUGUCCCAGUGCAUCCACGCCGUGGCUGCUCUGCUGUACCCCUUCACCUGGGCUCACACCUACAUCCCCGUGCUGCCCGAGUGCCUGCUGGACACUGUGUGCUGCCCCACGCCCUUCAUGGUCGGCAUCCAGAUGCGGCACCUGCAGCGGGUCCUGGAGCAGCCAAUGGAGGAGGCUCUGAUAGUUGAUCUCUGUGAAGGGAAGAUCAUCCGGGCGGUGGGGGAUGAGGAGGAGAUCCUGCCUGGGAAGCUGCAGAAUGAGAUGCUGACAUCUCUGAACAGGCACAACAACAACAACAACGAGCACACCUCGGAGCAGGUGAACGCCCUGGUGUCGGAGGCCUUCGUGCAGUUCUUUGUGCGCCUGGUGGGGCACUAUGGCUCCCACAUCAAGUGGGGCAGGAGUGGCUCUGGCAGCUUCCAGGAGCGAAACUUCUGCAAGGCCAUGGCCUCCAAGAGCUGCCGCCGGCUCCUCAAGAAGUUUGUGAAGACAAACAUGUUCUCCCUAUUUAUUGAGGAAGCGGAGAAGAGCAGGAUCCCCCAGGAAGCAUAUUUCCAGAAGAAAAUAAUAGAGUACCAUGAACAGAAGAAGCACAGAAAGGACUCCUGAAGUUCAGAGUGGGAGAAGGGGAGCAGGAUUGGGAUUGACACAUCCCUGCCAGCAGCACCAUACUGGACUCUGUUCCUGCCCACCUGGCACUCCUGGGCAGCACUGAGCACCCUUUCUCUCUCAGGGCACCAUUGCACUGGAAAACUCUUUGCACAGAACCAGCACCAGGCUGGGAUUUCCUUCCCACUCUUGGUUGCUCCAGGGACAGAUUGUGACUCCCAGUGCUUGGCCCUGCACAGCUCUUGUCCCCCAACAGCUCACACAGAGCGAGGGCAGCCAGGGCUGGCUGCAGGACAGCAGGGGUUUGGAGUAAUUAUUAGAAGGGAGAAAAAAAAGGGAUGAGUAGGAAAUAGUGUUACUUCUCAUUAAAACAAACCAGGGGUUUGCAAAUAAGGAACAUCCCAUUGCACAGUUCCUGAGGGUUUGUUAUUAACAACUGGUUUAUAUUGUUUUAAUUUAUAUUGUUUUAUUAAGCCAUUGUUGAACACCAGCAGGAGCAGUUGGGGGGGAUGGUGUUUGUGGUUUCCUCUCUUGCAGCUACUGCAUCACUGGUGCCACACAGAGCCAAGUUUGGCUUUCUAAGGAAACAAAAAUACUCAUUUCCAGCAGGUUAUUUAUUUGUGCUGGAGCAAACUGUGAAGGCCACAUGGCUGUGGGGGGUCAAGGGGAAA